UCAGUGACAGACCCAAUCGUUGUCACGCGCUGCGCCGCACUUCCUUUAUACGUCGCGUAUCGCUUCUUGAACGGUUUCACCACGGAGUUUGACAGCAGCACGGAAGAAGAGACAAUGCUGGGCGGCAUCAGCAACAUCACUAACAGCACGGACCUUAAGGAUGUCAAGUCGCGGGUCUUCAUCGGCAAUCUCAACACGGUGAAGAUUCCACGAGCGGAGGUGGAGGGCAUCUUUGCUCGGUACGGGAGCAUCAAGGGUUGCUCUAUCCACAAGGGGUACGCCUUCGUGCAGUACACGAGCGAGGCGGAUGCCAGGGCAGCCGUGGCAGGUGAAGACGGGAGAAUGAUUGUCGGACAGGCUCUAGAUUGCAACCUGGUAUCGGAGCCAAAGACGAACAGACCAAAGCAAGGACAGAAAUCAAGACCGUCUCCCCCAUCCCCACACUUAAGGUUCGCACCAUCUCACGGUUUCCAUGACCACGGGCCUCCACCGCCGCUUCUGAUUGGUCCAGCGCUCCCGAAGCGGCCUCGUCUUGGUCCACCCCUGGCAGUGGCCAUGCGGAGAAGCCAGAGCCGCGUGAUGCGGCACACAAACAUGUCAAACGACGGAGAUAUCCUUAUUUGCGGACGAUGCAAGCGGCUCUUCUCAAACAUCCACCGCCUCCAGCACCAUAAACUGGUGGGCUGUCGGCCCCACGUCACCUGUGGCUGCAGGAAAAAGGACCUCAAAGUAGACGACUUCGCAGUUGACCAGCCGCCGGCCUCCCUGUCCUGUGCGGAGUGUGGUCAGCCCUGCAGCAGCCCGUGGGACCUGCUACAGCACGCCAGCCUGCAACACGACAACACAAUAUACCUACAGGACCAGGAACAGGAGGGGGAGGGGGGCAUGGGAACGUUAGUAGGGGACGCGGACGGUUCCGAGGGGAAGGCCUCCCUGGAGAUGGAGAGCGACGUCACGUCGUCCGUUUCCGGAGAGAGCACGGACGAACAGAUGAACAGUUUCGUUACCGACCUGAAACUGGAAACAGGUCGAUGAUUUGGGAACAGGUCGCGACUGUUUGUUUGUUUGUUUGUUAUUCGGGAAAGUCAUCGAUGGGGUGCAAUAAGGAGUUUCGCGAUUCUAAGUAGCAUGCGCAGCGAAAUUCUUUGUGGGUAAAUUACCUACAACGCAUUUCCCUUCGCUGCCAAAGAUCAAGGCCUCCGGCAGUUUUUUUUUAUCACGACCACUGUCUCGUUUUUGUUGUUGUUGUUGUUGUUUAUGACUCAGGGGCCUUCACCUUUGAGCUGACAUAUUACAAACAAUGCAUUUCGCUGAACAUCCGCGCUUAGAAUCGUGAACCUUCGUAUUCUCUUCUCCUUAGUAGCCUGUUGCACCCAGCGAUGUGGUGACUCAACCAAACCGCGAGAUUUUGUUUUUGAGAGUCGUUUGAUGUAACACCUGUUGUAUCUAAGUUUGUAUGAUCGUUUCUAUAAUAGUUUUGAAAUGUAGAGUACCUGGACUAUGUUAGGAAUGUCAGGCUUCAGCGCCACAUGAACAUCUUCUGUAAAGACUAUAAAAAAACUGAGAAACUUGCUAUUAUGGAGUUCUUCGUCAUACCUUGACUGUUGUUGGUAUUAUCAAACGUUCUCAACUUAACUUGUCUACUGAGAAAUUACCAUACAAAUGUAGGUGGGAAACGCCAUUUUGGUUUACCCUGCUUCUUUGGUUGCAAGUAAUUUAGAUAAUUGCUGGUUAUUAUGCUGUAAAUCAUAGUCAUUUUUAUGUUCUCCGUUUCGCUCAGUGCUGUAAACCUGUGAUAUUAUACAUUUACACUGGCGAUGAUGUUCACCUCGCUGCUUUACAUUGAAAGAUUCACAGGUGAAGCAUUAUAGUUGGACUCAUUUUCAGAUCGCUGUUAAAGACGGACCUGGAAGUUGUUAUCAGGAUGGGACAACAGUACAUCUUCACUCGAUCGUUUGUGAAUGUGACUCGAACGGCCUUUAUUCAAGGUAACUUACAUUAAGUCAGGAAAAGGAGUUCAAAUGCCAGAGAUGAUAAUUCCUAGACAAACUACAUGGAACGCCAGAAUGUUCUCAAAUGGAAUGAACGAUUUGUGAGAGUGUUAAUGAAAGGAGAGAUUAAGAUAUUGAGACUGAGAUUGAGAGAGAGAGAGAGAGAGAGAGAGAGAGAGAGAGAGAGAGUCAGAUUGGCCAUUAUUUGUACAACGAUUUGCCUUUCUGGCCAACUAACUUCCAAACCGACUGUGUAUAGUACAUGUAUCAUGUGCCCAAUGUAACUCAAACAUAUUUUUGAAAGACACCCUGUGGCGAUUACUACUGGUCGUGAAACAGGUUCAAGUUCAGGUAAAAGAGUUAGCUUUGUCCAUUUCGACUAUUUGAAUUCCUAGGAUGUACUUCUUGUAAGAUGACCAACAACAAAUAACGUCAAGUUGAUUCGAUUAUAUGAAUGAUAUCAAUUUUCGUCCGUUUCAAAAAGAUAAAGUUCUCAACCAUAUUGUAAAUCGUAAAGAGCAACUACAAAAUGGCAAAUGUAUGCUGUAGAUUAAAUUUAACAUUUUGUUGACAUUUUUUUAUUCGAAUCAGUUGUUGGGUUCCUAGAGGAUGCCAUCCAUAAAUCGAACCAACAUGUACGCUUCAGAAGAAAACGUGUCACUUGAAAUCUUUGACAUAUCGAGCAUCAAAUCAAAAUGUUGUGGACAAACCUAAGACACAGAAAUAGAUACACGUCACAGCACAAGACAUAAUUGAUGAAUAAAUUUUUGUGAUAAACCCCUCUCCACAGUGAUAUAUAUAGUUCUUCAAACUGAUUUGUGUAUUUUAAGUAUAACGUUAGUUGAGUAAUUGUAAACUUUCUGUUUAGAUAUUGAAAUGUGUACACCGUAUAGGCCGAUAUCUCUGUUUUACACCGUUGUAUCGAUGGAGUUCAUAUCGACACCAGGCCAAUACAAUGAAUGUUUAUAAA